UCCACCUGAGAAUCUCAUCACUGCUGGCAGUCAUGGCCUCCGGGAAAGACACUUGUCCUACCUUACCGAAGCUCGCCACCACCUGCUCCGCUGAGAAUUCAAACAAACCGGUUACCAGGUAUGAGGCUAUUCAUUUACCACGGUUUUCAUUAAAGCAAGGGAUGAUCCCAAGACGGUAUGUGAUGCCUUGGAAAGAAAACAUGAAAUUCAGGAAGGUGAAUCUGAAGCACGCGGACGUGUGUGGGAUCCACGCUGGCCCUUUGGAAGACUCUCUGUUUUUGGAUCACAGCGAAAGGCUUUGCCACGGGGAGGACCGUAAAGUUGUCUUGAGGAAAGGUCCGCCAGAAAUAAAAAUCGCAGACAUGCCUUUGCAUUCGCCUCUCUCCAAAUACCAAAGCACCGUAAUUUCCCACGGCUUCCGGAGGCGACUGGUCUGAUGACCAAAGAAUAAAGUGAUAAAGUGUUUCGUCUC